AUGCCUUCUGUCACGCAAGAAUGGCCAGCCUGGCCUGAGUUCGCUUCCCCGGACCCCGCAGAAUGCAAAGAUGACAGUCUCUUGUCGAUCAAGAAAGCCAUCAUCGCUGAGUAUGGCGUCGAUGCCCUGCGUCAAAGUUGGAUCAAAGUCUGCAGCGAGCUUCAAACUAUUACCGACGAGAUAAUGAUCAAGGGCAAUACCAUCAUUCCAACUUUCGACACUGCACGCAUCCUCGCGAGCGGUUUCAGUGACUCAGACAAAGCCGAGAUCGAGCGUAUCGGUGCCUUCGUGUGCCGGAGGACGAUCCCGGAGGACGAGACAAACAUACUAUACAAAGACAUGUCUGAGUAUGUCCAAAAGAACAAAGAAUACAUCCAGAGUUGGCCGGUCGAAAGUCCCAGUAUGCUGGUUUUGUACAAUUCGCCCACACAAAACACAAUCCGAUCACACCCAAACCACCUCCGCUUGCAACACAGAUUGAAUCAACUUUGGCACGGGUACGAUACGAGCGAGGGAACAUCGCCUGAGCCUGUCGUCUACUUCGAUGGCCUUCGUGACCGCGCACCCGGUCAGCCCUUCCUUGGGCUUGGGCCGCAUAUUGAUGCCGGCAGCCUCUGCCGCUGGGCUGAUUCGAACUAUCGGAGAGUCUACGAAAGCAUCCUUCGUGGUAGACCAGAAGAUCAUGAUUCGUUUGAUAUCGGUCUCCGGAAAAACGCAGACCAGGCGCUCUACACAGCCAUGGCGCACUCGUCUGUGUUACGAACCUUCCAAGGAUGGACGGCUUUGACCCCCACGCAACCUCGCGAAGGAACGAUAAUGGUGUAUCCCAACCUUAACACUGUCAUCGCGUAUGUGGUGUUGCGUCCUUUCUUCCAGCCUCCAAAGGACAAGGGAAGUGACGUUAUGGACCCGAAUAACUGGACAAUGAGCAGUGACGAUGACCCAUGGUUUCCUGGCACAUUCAAAGAGCAGAGCCAGCGUCUGAGUCGAGUUUCUCAUCCACACCUGCGACUCGAGGACUGUUUGGUGCACAUGCCAAGGGUCAAAGCUGGAGAUACAGUAUGGUGGCAUUGUGAUGUCUGCCAUGCAGUUGACACCGAGCAUCUGGGAAAACAAAACGCAGCAGUAGCAUUCAUUGGCUCGUGCCCAACGACUCCGACGAAUACUGACUAUGUGAGGAGGCAACUCACUGCCACCUUGACAGGACAUCCCCCACCCGACUACGCUGCUGGUGAUGAGACAGACUCAGACGAGAGACGAUUGAAGGGGUACAUCGGCCUAGAAGGGCUUAGCUAUGAGGCACGAAAAGCGUUCGGAUUCAACGAUGUGUCGUGA